CCCUCUCCUCCUACUCAGCUGGCUCCUGUGGAAAAGCAACAGUGUCCUCCCUAGCCAGCCGGAGGCCGCCGCGGCCCAGACGGGCAAAGGGACCGGUGUCCCCCCCCCUCCUAACUCCCCACAAGGAGCUGUGCAACCCUGGGACCAUGGAUACUCUAAACAGGAGCCAGCGAGGCCCUGCGUGCAAGCCCCAGGCUGUGGUGCAGAAAGGUCCACUGGACCUGAUUGAGACAGGUAAAGGACUGAAAGUGCAGACGGACAAACCGCAUCUGGUGAGCCUGGGCAGCGGGAGGCUCAGCACCGCUAUCACGCUCCUGCCGCUGGAGGAAGGGAGGACAGUUAUUGGUUCGGCAGCCAGGGAUAUCUCACUCCAGGGUCCAGGCCUGGCUCCUGAACACUGCUACAUCGAGAAUCUGAGGGGCACUCUCACCCUGUACCCCUGUGGCAAUGCCUGCACAAUUGAUGGGCUCCCUGUUCGGCAGCCUACCCGGCUCACUCAGGGCUGCAUGUUGUGUCUGGGCCAGUCCACCUUCCUGCGCUUUAACCACCCCGCUGAAGCCAAGUGGAUGAAGAGUAUGAUUCCAGCAGGGGCCCGGGCCCCAGGGCCCUCCUACAACCCUGGCUCUGCCGAAUCAGAGAGCCUGGUGAAUGGGAACCACACGGGCCAGCCUGCAACCCGGGCACCUCCAGCCUGUGCCAGCCACAGUUCCCUGGUGAGCUCUAUCGAGAAGGACCUGCAAGAAAUCAUGGACUCGUUGGUGCUAGAGGAGCCUGGAGCUGCCGGCAAGAAGCCCGCAGCCACAUCCCCGCUGUCACCAAUGGCUAAUGGUGGCCGCUACCUGUUGUCCCCUCCAACCAGCCCCGGUGCCAUGUCUGUGGGCUCCAGCUAUGAGAACACCUCUCCAGCCUUCUCUCCUCUUUCCUCACCAGCCAGCAGCGGAAGCUGUGCCAGCCACUCACCCAGCGGGCAGGAGCCAGGACCGUCUGUGCCUCCACUGGUGCCUGUCCGUUCCUCUAGCUACCAUUUGGCUCUGCAACCCCCACAGCCUCGUCCGAGUGCAACCCGUUCCUCUGAAAGUCCUCGGCUGGGCAGAAAAGGGGGCCAUGAGAGACCUCCCAGUCCUGGUCUCCGGGGCCUUCUGACUGACAGUCCUGCAGCCACCGUCUUGGCUGAGGCCCGCAGAACCACCGAGAGCCCCCGCCUGGGUGGGCAGUUACCUGUGGUGGCUAUCAGCCUGAGUGAAUACCCAUCUUCUGGUGCCCGCAGCCAACCCACAAGUAUUCCUGGCAGCCCCAAGUUCCAGUCUCCAGUCCCUGCUCCCCGAAAUAAGAUUAGCACACUCCAGGAGCGCCCUCCCAGUCCAGGAACUGGCACAGAACGGGUGUUAACGACCAGUCCCUCUCGACAACUGGUGGGCCGAACAUUUUCAGAUGGGUCCGCAACCCGUACCCUGCAGCCUCCUGAGAGUCCUCGCUUGGGCCGACGAGGCCUGGACAGUAUGCGAGAACUGCCCCCCUUGAGUCCGUCUCUGUCCAGAAGGGCUCUGUCUCCACUGCCAGCCAGGACUACCCCAGAUCCCAAGCUAAGCAGGGAAGUGGCUGAGAGCCCUCGGCCCAGGCGCUGGGCAGCUCAUGGGACUUCGCCAGAGGACUUCUCCCUGACUCUGGGAGCACGGGGCCGCAGGACUCGGAGUCCCUCACCUACACUUGGGGAGUCCCUGGCACCUCGCAAAGGCAGCUUCAGUGGCAGGCUGAGCCCAGCCUAUAGUCUGGGCUCCCUUACUGGGGCUUCACCUCGUCAGAGCCCCCGUGCUCAGAGGAAACUUUCUAGUGGGGAUUUGCGGGUGCCUAUCGCAAGGGAGAGGAAAAACAGCAUCACGGAGAUCAGUGACAAUGAGGACGAUCUUUUGGAGUACCACCGACGACAGCGCCAAGAGCGGCUCCGGGAACAGGAGAUGGAGAGGCUGGAACGCCAGCGCCUGGAGACCAUCUUGAACCUGUGUGCCGAGUACAGCCGAGCUGACGGGGGACCCGAGGCUGGGGAAUUGCCGAGUAUUGGAGAGGCCACUGCAGCCCUGGCAUUGGCAGGGAGGAGGCCCUCAAGAGCCUUGACAGGAGCCACAGUGGUCUCUGGAAGGAGCGGUGAGGAGUCUGGAGGUGCCUCGCAGCGCCUGUGGGAGAGCAUGGAGCGCUCUGACGAAGAAAACCUCAAAGAAGAGUGCAGCAGCACGGAGAGCACCCAGCAGGAGCAUGAAGAUGCUCCUAGCACGAAGCUCCAGGGAGAGGUGCUGGCUGUGGAAGAGGAGCGGGCUCAGGUGCUGGGGCGCGUGGAACAGCUGAAGGUCCGAGUAAAGGAGCUGGAGCAGCAGCUGCAGGAGGCAGCCCGAGAGGCUGAGAUGGAGAGGGCACUGCUGCAGGGGGAGAGGGAGGCAGAGCGGACACUGCUGCAGAAAGAACAAAGGGCAGUGGACCAGCUGCAGGAGAAGUUGGUGGCCUUGGAGACCGGCAUCCAGAAGGAGAGGGACAAGGAGAGGGCGGAGCUGGCCGCGGGACGGAGGCACCUGGAGGCCCGCCAGGCGCUCUACGCCGAGCUCCAGACGCAGCUCGAUAACUGCCCCGAGUCAGUGCGGGAACAGUUACAGGAGCAGCUGAGAAGGGAGGCAGACGCUCUGGAGACUGAGACAAAGCUCUUUGAGGACCUGGAGUUCCAGCAACUGGAGCGGGAGAGCCGCGUGGAGGAGGAGCGGGAACUGGCAGGCCAGGGGCUGCUACGGAGCAAGGCUGAGCUGUUGCGCAGCGUGACCAAGAGGAAGGAGCGCCUCGCUGUACUGGACAGUCAGGCUGGGCAGAUCCGGGCCCAAGCACUGCAGGAGUCAGAGCGUCUGGCCCGGGACAAGAAUGCCGCCCUGCAGCUACUGCAAAAGGAGAAGGAGAAACUGACCGUGCUCGAGAGGCGAUACCAUGCACUGACGGGCGGGAGGCCUUUUCCGAAGACCACCUCAACCCUCAAAGAGGUUUACCGCUCCAAGAUGGACGGCGAGGCCACCAGCCCUCUGCCGCGGACCCGUAGUGGUCCUCUCCCCUCCUCCUCAGGCUCUUCAUCCUCCUCCUCACAGCUCAGCGUGGCUACCCUGGGCCGUAGUCCAUCACCAAAGAGUGCCCUGCUUGCCCAGAAUGGCACCAGCAGCCUUCCUCGCAACCUGGCAGCCACGCUGCAGGAUAUCGAGACUAAGCGCCAACUGGCCCUACAGCAGAAGGUCGAGUCACUUCCUGCCGAGCCCCUCCCACCCGACGACCCAGCAGGGCACCAGGUGAUUGAGGAGCAGCGGCGGCGACUGGCCGAGCUGAAGCAGAAAGCAGCCGCUGAGGCCCAGUGCCAGUGGGAUGCCCUGCACGGUGCGGCACCCUUUGCAGCAGGCCCCUCGGGCUUCCCAGCACUCAUGCACCAUUCUAUCCUGCACCACCUGCCAGCUGGCAGGGAGCGUGGCGAGGAGGGUGAACAUGCUUAUGACACCCUGAGCCUGGAGAGCUCGGACAGCAUGGAGACCAGCCUCUCUACAGGGGGCAACUCAGCCUGCUCCCCUGACAACAUGUCCAGUGCCAGUGGUUUGGACAUGGGCAAGAUCGAGGAGAUGGAGAAGAUGCUAAAGGAAGCUCAUGCAGAGAAGAGCCGGCUCAUGGAGUCCAGGGUGAGGCUGACUGGAGCCAGGAGGCAGCAGGUGGAGCGGGAGAUGGAACUACGGAGGCAGGCCCUGGAGGAGGAAAGGCGGAGGCGGGAGCAAGCCGAAAGGAGGCUGCAGACUGAGAGCGCCCGCAGGCAGCAGCUGGUGGAGAAGGAAGUGAAGCUGCGGGAGAAGCAGUUUUCCCAGGCACGGCCUCUCACACGCUAUCUGCCCAACCGGAAGGAGGACUUUGACUUGAAGACUCACAUAGAGUCUUCAGGCCACGGGGUGGACACCUGCCUACAUGUGGUGCUUAGCAGCAAGGUCUGCCGUGGCUACUUGACCAAGAUGGGCGGCAAGAUUAAAUCGUGGAAGAAGCGCUGGUUUGUCUUUGAUCGGCUCAAACGCACCCUUUCCUAUUAUGCGGACAAGCACGAAACGAAGCUGAAGGGGGUCAUCUACUUCCAGGCUAUCGAGGAGGUGUACUAUGACCACCUGCGCAGUGCAGCCAAGAGUCCGAACCCAGCCCUCACCUUCUGCGUGAAGACCCAUGACCGGCUGUACUACAUGGUGGCCCCAUCUGCAGAGGCCAUGCGCAUCUGGAUGGAUGUCAUCGUCACAGGAGCUGAGGGCUACACCCAGUUCAUGAACUAACUACUGUGCACUCCUGGGUUCUCAGGUCAGCCCCAGGACCCAUGCCCUGCCACUUGCUGCUUGGCUUGUCCCUGAAGACAGCGGCACACUGGGCACCGGGCCACAAAGGGUCAGGAUGUGGCAGAGAACCCCAGGGCUUUUGUGCAAGAAGACAAAUUGUUCUGUGAGGGGUUUGGUGCUUGAGGGCUGGGCCUGGGUCCCUAAGAGGCCAGCAGAGAGGACCUCUUGGAAGCCCAGAAGUUAGGGGGUCCUUCUUGGGUCUGGCAGGCCUGAAGAGCUGUCGCAGAGCUGGGCUCUCAACUCUAACCUGGCACCUGCUCACCUCAGCUUGUUUUCUCUGUAUAAAGGACAAACUAUGGUACCAGAAUCUGCCAAAGAUUCCCUUCUCAUCUCACCCCGUGCAGGGGUCUGGGGGGUACUGGGCAGAGCCGUGUGUAGAGUUGGGGAACAGCUCAGGCCAGCGCUUCCCAACCCCGUGCCACCCCUCAUCCUCCCACCUCCGUACUUCUCACUACUCUGCUCAAGGACCAGAGACCUCAGGUGUCAUCCUUGAGGUCCAGCCCCAUCACCAUGGUCUCCAUGGUGACUGCUUCAGCACCACAGUUAUACACUAAUUGCCAUGGACACUCUGUGGCUCAGCCCACUGCUUCAGCUGUGGGCCACAUGAAGGUACGUGCCAUCGUCUCUCCAACCCAGGCCUGGGGGUGUGUCACCUGGCAGGAGGAAAUGCCACCUCCCUGCUGCAGUCUGUCUCCAGCCCCCAGUCCAGCCUCUCCCUUCCGCUGUGCCUUGCUUAGAGCCAGAAGGGACGGUGUUCGGGGAUCCGAGACCAGGAGAACAGCAGCACUGAGGGGAGAGGAAGCUAAGAUUCUGUCCUCCUGUUCUGACAGGACCAGUUCCCAGUAAGGAGGAGGGUAGCUCAGGAUGCCCAGAAAGAGUCCUGAGCUGUGGGUGGGGAGGGCAGAAGCAAGGCCCUGAGCUGUGGUACCCUCCCUUCAGUUCCCAGGGGCCAUGGGAAAAGAGUGGAGGAUCGAGUCUCCAGCUGGCUGGCUUCAGCCUUUACGCCUUAACACUAAGCCACCUCCCUCCCCUCCCCAGCACCGGACCCUUGGUCGCUGGGCCUGGCUGGGUGUUUUGCAGUAUUUGUAAGCGUUUCAGCAGAACAAUAAUAAAAGCAUUUUGACAAGUA